AGGACGGAGGCAUGGCACAACAAGACGAGGUGAUACACUCAUCUUUCAGCCAUAUUCCCCCUGUAUUUUAGAACUUGUGGCCACUCCCUGCAUCACCCAUAACAGGAACUCGUCAGUGGUGCCAGAAUAACCACUCAGGGCGAGUAUUAACUAUGUGAAGGCCAGUACACCACCAUCACCACCACCAUGCCUCUCCCGGACUUCAUAUCAUCCCUGACGGACAAUCCGUACUUCAGCGCUGGGUUUGGGCUGUUUGGCAUAGGAGCUGGGGCCGCUGUCAUGAGGAAAGGCUACAUGAUGGGGAUGAUUCUGUUCCGUCGACACUACAUGACGACACUAGAGGUGCCAUGCCGCGACAAAUCGUACCAGUGGCUGCUGCAGUGGAUCACCCUCAAGGGAGCCAAGAAGACACAACAUCUCAGUGUGGAGACAAAAUUUCAGCAAAUAGAGACUGGCAGGAUCACCACACGACACGACUUUAUUCCCAGUAUUGGCGAACACUUCUUUUGGUAUAAAAGAACUUGGAUUCGGGUAGAGCGGACAAGGUCACAACAAACUAUAGAUGUCCAUAUGGGUGUUCCUUUUGAAGAUCUCAAACUCACAGCCUUUGGCAAGAAUAAGCCGCUAUUCUUUGAAAUUUUAGCUGAGGCUCGUGACUUGGCCAUAAAGCAAAAUGAGGGGAAGACCAUUAUGUACACGGCAUAUGGCUCAGAAUGGCGGCAGUUCGGCAACCCAAGGAAACCCAGGCCACUCAACUCAGUUGUUCUCGAUGAAGGGAUUUCUGAACGAAUACGUAAAGAUGUUCAAGAUUUUAUGAACAACCCAGAGUGGUAUUCCAAUAGAGGCAUCCCAUACCGGCGGGGGUACCUACUGCACGGCCCCCCUGGUUGUGGGAAGAGUUCCCUCAUCACAGCACUUGCAGGGGACCUACAGCUUGGAAUCUGUGUCCUUAACCUCAGUGAAAGAGGACUCACUGACGACAGACUCAACCACCUGAUGGCACUUGCCCCAGAAAAUACAAUAAUCCUGCUAGAAGAUAUUGAUUCAGCUUUUGCAAAUAGGGAGGAAACUUCUGAAGUAAAGGCAGCCUAUGCAGGCCUCAACAGACUGACAUUCAGUGGAUUGUUAAAUUGCCUUGAUGGGGUUGCCUCAUCAGAAGCAAGGAUGGUGUUCAUGACAACCAAUUAUCCUGAAAGGCUUGAUCCAGCUCUGAUUCGCCCUGGUCGUGUUGAUCUGAAGGAGUACAUUGGGUACUGCACGCCAAGCCAGCUGGUGACAAUGUUUAGAAGAUUCUACCCUGAAGUCCCAGUUGACUUAGCUUUUACCUUCUCAGAGAGUGUCCAGAGCCUCAAGGUGCCUGUGAGUGCCGCCACCAUACAGGGACACUUCAUGCAGCACAAAGAGGACCACUUAGGGGCCAUUGACAAUGUCUCUUGUUUGAAAAGCACAGAUGGUUUUAAGAAAACUGCAGAUUGAAUUAAGUA